UGUUGCGUUUCAGUGUAUUGACUAUUGAGAAAAGGAGAGAAAAGAGAGGGCUUUGUUGAAGUGUCAUUUUCCUAUAUAUAUUCUCGAGGUAGCAGCAGAAGCAACAAAAUAAAGAAAAACGCAGUCUCUCCCAACACCCCCCCCCCCCCAAUCUAUCUUUUUCUUCUCCCUUCCUCAUCUGUUUCUCAUAUAUAUUUAUAAUAAUAAUAAUACCAAUAAUUCCAUUAUCAUUUGCAAAAAGAAAAAAAGUCUUCUUUUGCUUUUCCACUGCCUUUUCCUUAGCUAGUACUUAAAUAUGUCUGAUAAAGGAGAUUUCACUUCUUUGAAUCGGAUUCCUGAUCUUUCCCUGCACAUUAGCCCUCCCAACAGUGCUCCUUCCUCUAUUUGUGCUGCUGGGGAUUCUUCCUUUGAUAUUUGGCGCAAGGACGAUGGUGUAAACCCAAAAUCACACAGUGAUAGUUCCAUAAAACCUGCCUCCCAAGCUGACACCCAGCUUUCCUUAGCAAACCCAACCACCAGUGCCUUAGAAGCUGAAAGUGAAAGCCCUUGGGAGAAGAAAAGCUUUGCCCCACUUGCAAGAACCGAUGAUGAUAAUAUAUACCAUGGGAUUUCAUUACUUGAUGUUUCAGGACUGAAGCCCAUCAAAGGGAUUCCAGUAUAUAGUAACUAUGCCUGGUCUUAUUCAUCGUAUAAUUGUUCAUCUUCCUCGGCUUUGCACUCAACACUUAGGUUUAAUGGGAUUUCAAUGGAGACAUUGAGACCCCAUUUUUAUCCUCAUCAGUUGGGAGGUUCAGACUUUUGUAACAGCAUGGUUAGAUCGAGAUUUAUCCCUAAAUUACAAAGCAAAAGAAACAUGAGAGCACCCAGAAUGCGUUGGACCAGUUCUCUUCAUGCUCGUUUUGUUCAUGCCGUGGAGCUUCUCGGCGGUCAUGAAAGAGCGACUCCUAAAUCAGUUUUAGAGCUAAUGGAUGUCAAAGAUCUAACCCUCGCCCAUGUCAAAAGCCAUUUACAGAUGUACAGAACGAUUAAGAGCACUGACAAACCUGCAUCUUCCUCAGAUGGAUCUAAAUCAGAAGAAGAUUAUUGGGCAGCUGCUGCUCCCCGGCAGAGAUCAGGAAGUCCAGAUUCCUCCUUAAAUCAUGAUAAUAAUAAUAAUGCUGCUAAUAGUAAUCUUUGGAGUAACUCUUCUAGUAGAGGAGUUUGGUUACCGAAUUCGAGGAAUCCGGACCGGCUUAGACCUGAACCUCCGUCUUCUCAGGCCGGAAACCACUUUGAGGGAAGCAGUUUGAGUGAAGAAAAAAUGAAAAGGAGGCCAAACGUAGAACACCAUAAUCCAAGCUUGGAGUUCAGCUUGGGAAGAGCAGACUGGCAGUGCAAGGACCUCACUGACUGACUCGCUCACUCAAUGCUUUAAACUUAAUGGAUGGAUUCCUUCCAUCAAAGUUUGACAAUAGGUAUACAGACUCAUCAUAUCAAAGUUUCAUGCACGUCGCUCUGCCUGUAUAUUCUUUCUUUUGGUGUUGCUGGGUUCAUGAAUUGAAAGCAAAAGGAAAGGAAUGAGUUUCAAUGGUGCAUUACUUCAUAUUAUUAGAUUGCUAUUCACCCUCUUCCACUAUGCACUGUUGAAUGGGAUCGAUUGCAGUGAUUAGUGUGUGAUUGCUUCACUUCAAUAUUUACUUUAUCUCAUUGUUUGAUAUUCCAUAUUGGGUAAUUAUACUAUUAAGAUUGCAUUUUACUUCCUUUUUUUUUUAAAUUUAAAAAAUGAGCAAAUUAGUUUCUAUAUAUUAAAUUAAA